UGUGGCAUUCGCAGUCUAACGCUCAUGUGGUAACAUCCAGCAUUGCUUGGCCUCCUCUGCACACUGGCCUGAUUCCAGGGAUUUGAAGUAGACACGACAGACAGACAGACAGACAGACAGACAGACAGACAGACAGACAGACAGACAGAAAGACAGACAGAGAGACAGAGAGAAAGAGAGACAAAGUGCAUGUAUGCUGGAAAGAGAUAAGUGAGUUUAGAAGUAGGAGGGAAAAAGAACAGAGGUCCGGAGAAGGGAAGAAAAAGAAGAAGCAGGUGGGAGAGAAGAACCAGUGGUGAAGAAAGGUUGAUUAGCUGACUGUACACUACAAAUCCACCAACAUGGCAGCCAUGGAAGCACUGGAAUCCUCAAGUGCUCAGCUGGAGCCCCAGACCCUCACUGAGAUCUCAGACGACGAGGUCAACCUCCCACCCUCAGAUGAUGAAGACGAUGCCCUUGCCGCAGCCAAAAAAGAGCUGUCCGCCAUGGGCACAGAGGGGGACGCCGCCGAAGACAAGGACGAAGUGGCGAGGCUGGACCAGCAGGCCAACGGGGUCUUGGUGCUGUCUUUGCUUGACAAGAUAAUUGGGGCAGUGGACCAGAUCCAGCAGACCCAGAGUGGGCUUGAGGCCAGGCAGCAGGACAUGGAGCGUUCGGUGACCAGCAUCCAGGGCGAGCUGUCCAAACUGUCCAAGAGCCACAGCACCACGUCCAACAGCGUCAGUAAGAUGAUGGAGAAGGUGCGCAAGGUGAGCGUCAACGUCAAGACAGUGCAGGCCGCCCUGGAGAAGCAAGGAGGCCAGAUCAAGAAGCUGGAGAACAACGAGGCCGAGCUGCUCAAGAGACGCAACUUUAAAGUCAUGAUCUACCAGGAUGAAGUGAAGGUUCCCUCAAAACUCAGCAUCUCUAAAUCCAUGAAGGUCUCUGAGUCUGUGUCAGGAAGUAGAGGAGGCAGCUUGCUAGAGCUUAAGGAAGCUGUGGAGGAGCCAGGAGAGGAGGGAGAAGGAGAGAAGGCAGAUAAGCCACAUGUAGACCUCUCAUCAGAUGAAGAGGGCUUGGAGAUUGAGGAGACCAUUGAGGAGUCUCGAGCUGAACGCAUCAAGCGCAGCAGUCUGCAGCGCGUACAAACCCUGAAGACAGUCUUCUCAAAGGAGAAGAUGGAUAAGACCAGGGCAAAAACCAAAGAGAACUUGGAGAAGACCAAACAAAAAACCAAGGAGAACCUGGAGAAGACAAAACAGAAGACAAAAGAGAACCUGGAAAAGACUAGGCAGAAAACCAAGGAGAACUUAGAGAAGACAAAGCAGAAGACUAGGGAGAACCUGGAGAAGACACGUCACAACAUUGAGAAGAAGAUGGGAAAGCUUGGAACACGCAUGAGCGUCAACCCUGAGCGCAAGCAGAAGAUGCAGACAUCCCGCGACAAGGUGAAGAAGGCCUUCACGCCAGACCACGUCGUUUACGCCCGCUCCAAGACUGCCGUGUACAAGGUGCCCCCCUUCACCUUCCAUGUCAAGAAAGUUCGUGAGGGUGCUGUCGAGGUGGUCCAAGGCACUGAGAUGGUGGAAGUGUCCCAGGAUGUUGACCCAUUCAGUGGGGUGGAUGGGGAAGUUGAGGAGGGCGCAAUAGAGGUUGAGAUGGAGAUGAUGAAUGGGGGAGGGGAUGAAGAAGAGGUCGAGGAGGAUGAAGAGGAAGACAGCCACGAUGCCCUGGAGGAGAAUGAAGAAAGAGAUAGAGACAGUGAUUAGAUAAAGAAAGAGGAAUUUGCCAAGAUCCUAACAAAAUCCUUUGCACCAAUCCUGAGAGUUCUGUAAAAACUGAAUAAAUUGUGGUGAUCGAGAAGAUUUCUAAGAAGUAAUUACCGUUGAUUACAAGCUGGGUCUUAUUUUUAUUAUUUUGGCCAUGAUUUCUAUCAGGUAUAAUGAUUUUGUACUCACCAAAGUAAUUGUUAUGAUCUGGGAGCAUGGCGACAUUUCUACAAGUUUGGCGGAUUAGUCAGACAAUAAGACAGAUGGUUAACAAACCAAGAGAUUAUCCAGAUUUUCCAAAUCACUUUAUUUGGAGGCAAACUGCACCUAAAGUAAAGUAAUCCUUUAUUACACUAAAAGCCAAAUUAUAUGCUCUUAAAAUCAGUAGUUGUUGUUGUUGACAUACAUAGAAAAUAUACAAUGUUCUGUUUCCACCCUGAAGAAAUAGCUAUACAUUAUGUCAGAGCAGGCUAGUCCUACACUUACAUGGAGCUGAUUUAGUAGAUUUUGAAUUUUGGGUGUCUGCUCACCACGAACUAGGUUCAGCAUCACCACUUGAAUAAUGUGGAAAUAUUUUUGAUGCACUUUGGUUAGUCCAGGUGCAGAUCACUGGACCAGACAGAAGGCACAUAGGCAUCAGUUAAUCCAUGACAACACUGUCUUCCAAGCUGAUCCCUGCUUUUUAGGGGGUUCGGGUGAGGAGAAACCAGGUUUUGGGCCUCAUCUUCCUGAAGGGAUGCGUCAUAUUCUAACAGAAUAUGAGAGGCAGGAAAGAAAGGGUAUAAUAUUGCCAUUUAACAUUUGUAAAUAGUACUCCCAUUUUACGUGUGAAUCAUGAUUUAUUUGAAAAAUCAGACUGGAAUCAUUGAGUGUUUAAAUGGCAGUGUUUUUAACAGCAGAUCACUCGGCUAGAUCUUAUCCAAGGCAACUUCUUGAUCAUGCCCAGACCUGUUGAGUGAAUUAGCCAAUUAGUUCAGUUGGCAAUGUACUGUGGUGCUGAUGAGAGGGUGUGGUACACAAUAAAAAUUGAUGUAUUUCAGUGUUUUCCACUCGAACAUGCUAGAGGAAGCCAUCCAACAACAAUCCAUCCAAUCCACCAAGUGGGCAGGACGGGCAAAUGCCCCAGCUCCAGGGUUGAUGUGUGUCAACUGAUUUGUGCUAGUUUAAUUAAGAAUUUGUUUGGAACUGUACUCCAUUAAACUAUCUACUGACAUGGUAAGUGCUUAAUGGAAGGUUUUACUUUAUUAUCUAAUCACAAGGCCCCUGAAUAAGUAGAGAAUUAUAUCCUGCUCUGCAGUUUUUACAUCUUUCCACUCAUUGUUUCAGGGUUUCAGCGAACAUCCACUCUCAUCAACCUUCUUUCCAGCAGUAGGCAACUGUUCUUAGUGAAAAAGCUCUGAUAAACUCACUGUACACUUCCUGCCAAGCAACAGCAGACAGAUAAAGUUAGCAACUAGUCGGUAAAGACAGUAAAACCUUUAGCAGCUAAAGGAGCAGAUAUCUUUCUCAGGAGAUCUCAAGAGAUCAAAACAGAGAUUACAGCAGAGUGAAUAUUAAACUGAUCUUGCCUGCUUCACUGUUCGCUAAUGUGUUCACCUAGAUUGCCAUGUUCCCAGGUCUCAGCAGUUAACUUGGUCAAGAAAAUGUCAUUAUUAACAAUAUGAAUGAUGGCCAAUACCACAAAAAUAAGACCCAAUUUAGAGAAAAAAACACAAUUUUCAUUGGGUUUUACUUUGACUACAGGCUGUGUGCUUAAGAAUGAAUGAAAAUCCUCCCAUAUUUGCUAAAGCACUUCAGGGGUUGUUUCGAGUCCCUUUGUGUUUAUAGGGUGUAGAUGAUCACUAAAAUUGAAAGAAGAAGAAGAAAACAGGAAGUGGAAAUAGCAGAAUUCACGUAAGAGUUCAUUAGGAGGGGACACCAUCAUUCCCUUUGUAAGAAAGUAAAAUUUUGUCAGCAUUUCAUUUCUUGUUUUAUUUUUUAAAUAAAGACACUACACUAAUCAUUCACAACUAGAGUCUAUGGAAAUGACUCAUCUCCUGCCCAUUGAAUUUCAGUCGUGCUCUAAUGGCCAAAUUAUUCAUAAACACACUGAGGACAUAAUCAUGCUUACCCAGACAUUUCCUUGUGUGUGUGUGUGUGUGUGUGAAAUAUCUCAUAUGACACAUGCAAAACUAUUCUUUCCGCCCCCUUUGUUGAUUAGUUGUUUAAAUGUUGAGGCGUUAUCUUACUCUGUUUAAUGUACCCAUUAUAGAAGCAAAGUGAUUCUGUUGUAAUUUCUAGGUUUUCGUGAGCUCACAGUUAAGUAUUUGUGAAUGAUUUUGUAUGUAAUCACACUUUACACUAGGCUGACGUCAUCUCCUUUUUCAUUAGUGACUGAAUGUAGCCUAAUCACUGUCUUUUCAACGCACCUUGUUUCAUGCAAUACUCUUAUAUAACAUUUUGCUGCCAGUGUUCCCAAAGAACAACCCGCACCCAUGAAAAUGAAGGUCAGCAAAACAUAAGAUAGAGACAGCUCAUCCAUAAGUCCAUUAUAUUUCACUUUAACUAUUUUCUCAUGAGAAUUUUCCUCUUACAAACCUGUUGUGUGUUAUUUAAAAAUGUGUUUCAAUAAAUAAACUGAGAUAAGGACCAAUACUUUAAGCAAAUCUUACAAACCUCUGGCAGAAGCAGUUUAGACUCUGUGCACUUCUAGGACCUGUCUAUUCCCAGGACUAAGUGUGUGUUAUUGCUGCGGUCUGACACUGACCCCUAGUGUUCAGUCAUCUCACUCUCAUUUUUUUUCUGUUCCAGAUUGAAGCUGCAUUUCAGCAGAGUUUCCAACUAUUCUCUUUCAAAUGACCAUUUCAUUUAAAUAGUCGCACAUAGGUUUGCUCUGUUGUCCACAUUAACUUGUUUGUAAAAAUGUGUUUUAUAUCGUCACCACUGUUGGUGGUAUUUUAUGAGUGCCUUGCAAGAAUGAAUACAAGAAUUAAUGUUUUUUUCUGCUCUGACUGAAUUCCUUCUAGCAUAUUCAGGAUAAACUUCCAUCCAGUGAUUCCUUUCUCCGAGCUAAUCCCGGUCAGGGUAGUGGAAGCUGGAGCCUAUCUUGGCAUACUUUGGACUGAAGGGGCGUACACCCAGUCUAAUAAAGGGCUAACACAGAGACAGACACAAGAUACAUUUAUCAUCCAAAGUAGGAGAAUAUAGACUUUUACAUAACUGUUUCAAAGGUUUACCACAUGGCCAUAGUAUUUGUACUGUCAAAGUUUAGUUUCUACAGUAGCUCAGACAAAUCAGUUUUAUUUGUGUUCAUUUUUUGUAUAUAAUGUGAAUCACUGCCAAUGCAGAUCACAAUGCAUUUUGACUUUAUUUACCAGAGAGCCUCUUGCCUUCUGUCGCCUGCACUUCUUCAGCAUUUAGAACAGCUUCUUCUUGGGCCAAAUAAUUUUGAUGUUUGCACAGAUUCCACAGUGCAACAAGUGACACUGGCGCUCUUACAUGUUAGCAAGGAUUCAAAAAUAUUCUAGCUUUUUUGAUGCACAGUUGUGGUAGAGAUGUUCAGUGGUUUAAAGCUCAGUCCUUCAAAGUUGAUUAAGAAUGUCAUGUCUGUCAAAGCAGUAACAACAUGCAGCUAUAUGCUCAUUGAAACACAAAAUGUAGUUCACACUUAACUGUUUCCUUGCUUUUGUUUUGUCAUUAACUGAUCCCUUUAUGAUGUUUAAUGUUUCAUUUCAUUUCUUAACCAC